GCGUACAAUUGAGAUAGACAAAGAAAGCGAGCAUCUGUCCUGAAGGCCAUCGAACCUCAUCGUACUUGGUACGCGCACAGAAAAAAAAAGGGGGAGAAAGCAAAGUACCAUUAUCACAGCACAAGCUGGCUGACGCGUGCCCGCGUCGCAUAAACUCGUGCGCGCCGUGGAAGGCUAGGCGGGACCCUGCCAUAACCCGACAGCGAUGUGAAUGCGGGCCCCCGGUCUAGCGGGGGCCUCCGCCUUGGAUUUGGUGGUGCAGCUCCUCUCUGGGCCCGAAACAGCGAAUCCCAUACGCCGUGAUCAAAGUUUAAAGUAGACGUACCUAAAAGGAGCACAACAGCGCCGCAAACGACACCACCAACAAUAUGGAGGAGCCGGACCCAGAAACGUGGACCGCCUGGUUCUUGGACGCCAUACGCAAGAUCCGCAGUCAGAAGCAACGGCCGAGCGUCGAGCGCAUCGCCCACGCUAUCCGGCUGCAGCAUGACUUUCACGAAGAGGUCAUUGCCGAGAAUCUACAGCUGGCCGUCAAGCGCGGGGACGUGCUCAAACUCUUCAACAAGGGCCAAUCGUCCUACAAGGACCCAGGUGGUCUGCAGUCGAAGCCGCUUAAAGUGGGCCGCAACAGUGACCUGACCAAGGUGAUAAUCAAGGCGGUGCGCGAGCUCGGCGAGCGCGACGGCUCGAAUCUCAAGAGCAUCGAGAGAUACGUGCGCCAGAGCCACACUGUCGAGGAGGAGCAGGAUGGCGAUCUCAAGUUGUCCCUCAGGUUGUCGUCCAAGAGGGCAGUCGAUCGGGGCCACGUACUGCAGGAAGGUCGACUCUUCAGGCAGCCCGACCGGCCGAUACACCUCGCCAAGAAGUUCAACACCGACAACGUGCAUGACAACCUCUCGUCCAAGCUUUUUGAUAAGUUGUCAGCUAAUGCUGUUAAAUAUUUAUUAACAAGUUCUUCUCAAGCGAAUGAGAGCUUGGAUAACAGCAUGAGCAGUCACUGUCCAAAAUCAAAAUCACAAUCAUCUGAUUUCCGAUUUGCAGUUACAGUUGCCCAUAAGAAUCGUAGGGAAGGGUUUUCUGUCGAUACUAUGGACAAAGCUGGGAUAAAAUAUAGUAGUAAUUUAGUUGAGCAUAUAAAGAAAACAGAUGCAAAAGCUUUGAAGAGAAAGCAAAAAUAUGAACAGCCAGAACAGAAAGCUAAAAGAAAACGUAAUACGGCAAAAAAAGAACAACUGCGAAACGGAAAAGAAAAAUCUGAAGUUUCACAUUCCUCCAAUAUGGCAUUUUUUGGCAGUGCUGAAAAAAUUAAUUUUAUAACAGAAACCUCGGAUAGUGUCUCAUAUAAUACCGAUGAUAUUGCUUUUGUUUUUAUCGAUCUUGAGACUUGA